AUGCCGACGCACAUGUUGCUCCGUUCGCUCUUCGUCGCCACAAUAUCAUCUAACAAGUUCCUUCUGAUACCAUCACUCAACCUGCUCUCCUUCUUCUCGAAACCGAAUCGAAGCCUGUUGUUCAAUAUAGAUCGAAACCCUGUAUUGAAAGCUAUUCUGAAGAGGACCCUAUAUAAUCAGUUCUGCGCCGGAGAAACACAACAAGAGACACGAGCUUGUGUAAAGCAACUGAAAGAUUUAGGGUUCAAAGGGGUGAUCUUGACAUAUGCGAAGGAAAUGGUGUUCGAUCACAAGACCAAGUCUGCAAACCAUCAUACCUCGGAUAGCUUUGUCGAUGAAAAGACUAGCAUGGCGCAUGAUGCAGAUAUCGAGGCAUGGAGGGUAGGCACAUUAGGAACACUUGAUCUCAUCUCCGAGGGAGACAUCUUGGCUCUGAAAACGACAGGCGGUGGUCCAGCCGUCUCAUCAGCAUUCAGCAAAGGCGAGCUUCCACCCCAGCAAAUGCUCGACGCCCUAGAUGAGAUAGCGACCCAAUGUAAAGCACGCAAUGUCCAGAUCAUCAUCGACGCUGAGUCUCAGCACUGGCAAGAAGGCAUUGCUCGCACGACACUCGAACUAAUGCGCAAGUUCAACCGCAAUGGUAAAGCUGUCAUCUACAACACAUACCAAGCCUACCUCAAAGACACACCCACAGUCCUCGCACACCAUAUGGCCAAGGCGGAAAGAGAUGGGUUUACUCUUGGUCUCAAGCUCGUGCGUGGUGCAUACAUCCUUUCCGACAACCGCUCCUUGAUCCAUGACACCAAAGAAGACACAGAUAACGCCUACAAUACGAUAGCACAGGGUGCGCUUCGUCAGCAAAUAGGCAGCUUCGGGGCAUUUGGAUCAUCUGCCCGCCGGUUCCCUUCUGUAAAUCUCUUCCUUGCAUCUCACAACCGCGAAAGCGUGCUUUCGGCCCACAAGCUCCACAGACAGCGCUCGGAAGCCGGUCUGCCUACUGUUCCCGUCGCUUACGGACAGCUUCACGGCAUGUCAGAUGAAGUCAGCUUUUCCCUGUUAGCGGAGAAGGGGGCAGGUGGCAAGGCGCCUGAGGUGUUGAAAUGCACCACUUGGGGUAGUAUGGGCGAAUGUGUGGGGUAUCUACUUCGGAGGGCUGUGGAGAACCGCGAUGCCGUGUUGAGGACUAAGGAUGAGUUUACCGCAUUGAAGAAGGAAGUUAGGAGGAGGUUCUUCUGGGCGUGA